AUGGUGAAGAUUGAAGCCUUCGCGGUUGAACAGUGGAUGGACAGUUAUGAGACCACUGCCAAAUAUAAUACCGCCGAGACCUGCUGUGCAUCCAUUUCUGUUGACGACCUUCACGCGCUCUCCGAUGACAAGGAGUCCGAUCCUUUCGCCCAGUUCCAAUCCACCAAACUUACGUAUGGGACAAUCCGUGGCUCCAAUCAACUGCGAAACAUAUUGGCAAAUCUGUACUCGCAACUGUUCUCCGUUCCUGCAUCACUGGGGGCCGAAGUCAGCCUAUGGAAGUCUAAUGAGGCUCGUGGAUGGCAGCUGGAAAUUGAAGAGCCGAAAGGCAUUAUCCGCCCCAAUACGAAGUUGAUCAUCAUAAAUAACCCGCAAAACCCAACUGGAGCUGUCAUCCCGCGCUCGACACUUGAACAAUUAGUCGAUAUUGCCCGCGAGAAAUCCAUCAUAAUCCACUCCGACGAGGUUUAUCGCCCACUUUUCCAUAACAUCAGUCCCGCGGAUCCGAGAUUCCCACCGACACUUCUUUCAAUGGGAUACGAACACACCGUGGUGACAGGAUCUGUUUCCAAAGCCUACAGCCUGGCCGGCUUACGGGUCGGUUGGAUUGCGUCGCGGGAUAGUUCGAUCAUCGAAUCUCUUGCUAAUGCCCGAGAUUAA